CUAAUAGUCGCUCUUCCUGCUCUCUGUAACAUUUUCUGUACAGCAGAUUCCUCGCGCAACGGUCCCAGCCACCAAAUAUCGUCUCUUCAUUAAACUUCACGCGACCACUUCCAAUCCUACACACAUCUCCUUCAACCAAGAUCGUGCAAAGAUAGAAUCUCGCAAUCAUGUUCGGCAUCUCAUACUGGAUCUUGCCGCUCUUCGCGGCAUGUUGUUGGCUAGGCACGCUCCUCGGCAUGCUGGGCAGCUGGAUCGCCGACGGUUCUCCAAGAUAUGUUAGCAUGGAACCAGGACAAAAGAUCGCAUACAUCUCAGACAUUGGCGCACAACAUCUCCAGCCUCUUUUCAUUGCCGGCUCUGCCGUCACCGUCGUCGUGUUUGAUUUGGUCUUCAUUUCGGAGCGCUGGUUGAGACACAAGGGCCGUCUUGCCCACAACACGUCGAAUGUCCAGAAAGGCUUGUCCAUUGGCGCUGUCCUCUUCGCUCUUGCCGGUGCCGCUGGCUUGAUCGUCUUGACCAUCCUGGACACUGUCAACCACCCCACUGCCCACGACAUUGGCCUGGGUAUCUUCAUCAUCGGCUACGUCAUCUCUGCAAUCUUCGCCUGCGCUGAAUACCAACGUCUCGGUAUUCACUUCCGCCAAUACCGCAUCCUCCGCGCUUCUUUCUGGAUCAAGCUGACCUUCAUCUUCGUCGAGAUCGCUCUCGCUAUCGCCUUUGUCGUUCUUGGCCGUCACAACAGCCAACGCGAUUCAGCCGCCAUCCUUGAAUGGAUCAUCUCGCUCGUGUACAUCAUCUACGUCGGCCACUACGCCAUGGACUUCUUCCCUGCCGUCCACAGCAAGGACCACCGCUUCCCCACCGUCGAAGAGAUGAUCGAGACACAGGGCGGUAAUGGCCCCUCUUACUCUGGUGGCCCUACCUUCUCUGAGAGCGCUUCGUACGCCAGCGAGAACCCCAUGCGCAACGGCCAGACCGUCGAGCCCAGCAGAAAUUUCUAAGCCGGCAAUGCGAGAACCAACGACGCGAUACAACAACAUAAUAGUACUAAUAAACUAAACUUCUGGAUGUAUUUUUCUUAUUUGAUUACGACGACCAUGACUGAGCUGGCAUUUUUGGAGAUGUAAUGGCCUUAGGGAAGGGGGAAUCUAGGGAUACGAAUGGCAUGGGAGUUGGGCAUUGGGAGCUUGCUCGAGCUUUCCUCUUGCAUGUACUCGUACGCAUCUUCGUUUUUCCUCAUGUUCUGUACUUGUACGAAGAGGCUUGCAGGUAUAUGAAAAGCCUAUAGAUGAUAUCAAAAUCACACCUUUUACAUUACUUAUCCCCCUCUCGCUCGCCCCACAGUCGACUUCUCUUCGCCCUUUGAGCUUUGCCAUCGCCGACCUUUCCAAAUAUACCUUGAACCAAAUCUCCACAAAAGAAGACCAUCGAUGCGCUGAGCAUGCAUCUCCCAACUCAACUCUUCCGACACAUUCCAUGCCCCUUCAACUUUGAUUAGA